GCCAAAAUGUCUUCCAAUGACCUGAAGACCAUUUUUGAAAAAUACGCAGCCAAAGAAGGUGAUCCAAACCAGCUGUCGAAGGAGGAGCUGAGGCUACUGAUUCAGAACGAAUUCCCCACUCUUCUAAAAGGCCCAAACACCCUAGAGGACCUCUUUAAAGAACUGGACAAGAAUGGAGACGGAGAAGUUAGCUUCGAGGAAUUCCAGGAGUUGCUGAAAAAGAUAUCCCAGUGA